AUGCUGAAGCAGAUACACUUGAACAUCCCUUUGGUGGACAUGCUCCGUGAGGUCCCAAAAUAUAUUAAGGAUAUAGUGGCAAAUAAGAGGAGGUUAACUGAAUUUGAGACCGGUAGUUUUACCAUCCCCGUGAGGAUUGGUGAAAUUGAUGUGGGUAGAGCCUUGUGUGAUUUGGGUUCAAGUAUCAAUCUGAUGCCAUUGUCAGUGUUCAAACAAUUGGGAUUAGGAGCUCUGAGACCCACCACGGUGCUUCUACAGUUAGCUGACAUAUCUUAUGUUUAUCCUGAGGGGGUAAAUGAGGACGUCUUGCUGCAGAUUGGGAAGUUUAUUUUCCCUGCAGAUUUUAUCAUCCUGGACUACGAGGCUGAUGAGUUAGUUCUUAUCAUCUUGGGACGAAUUCUUUUGGCAACUAGAGAUGCCAUUAUCAAAGUCCGAGAAGGUAAGAUGAUCCUGAGGGUUGACAAUGAAGAAGGGGUCUUCAAUGUUUAUCGAGCCAUUCCGUUGCCUCUUCAUUACGAGGACCUGGCCAUAAUUUCUAUGAUGAAGAUAAAUGAACCAGCAGUAGAGACAAGUGGAUUUAAAGAAGAUGCACUAGAAAAGGCAUUGAUGUUGUUCAAUCACUUAGAACUGGAAGAAGAGGUUGAGGAGAUGUUGCAAAUUUUGGAUGCAUUUUGUGAAUACAUAAGAGAAAGAUCCCAGUUUGAGCCUCUGGAUAGGACAAUAGGCCUGCCCCCUAGACCCUCAGUUGAGGAGGCUCCAAAACUGGAACUUAAACCCUUACCAUCUCAUCUUCAUUAUGUAUAUUUGGGUAGUUCUAAGACUUUACCUGUGAUUGUUUCUUCUUAUUUAUCUAAAUUUCAGGAAGAAAAGAUCUUAGGUGUAAUGAGGGAGCACAAGCAUGCCAUUGGUUGGACAAUGUCUGACAUAAAGGGUAUUAGUCCUGCAUUCUGCAUGCACAAAAUACUCAUGGAGGAGGGACACAAGCCUAGCGUGGAACAUCAACGCCGCCUAAAUCCAAUAAUGAAAGAGGUGAUAAGAAAAGAAGUGAUUAAGUGGCUUGUCAUAUGUAUAGUAUUUCCCAUCUCCGAUAAUUAUAGGAAGUUGAAUAAUGCUACACGAAAAGAUCACUUCCCCCUCCCCUUCAUUGAACAAAUGCUUGACAGGUUGUUAGAGAAGGAUGUGUCAUUCAAGUUUGACGAUGCUUGUCUGAAAGCAUUUGAGGAGCUGAAAAAGAAGUUAGUAAGUGCACCAAUCAUAGUGACUCCUGACCGGAAAGAGCCAUUUGAGCUGAUGUGUGAUGCUAGUAAUGGUGCAAUUGGGGCCGUGUUGGGCCAGAGGAGGAGCAAAAGUUUUAACUUCAUUUACUACGCAAGCAAGACUGUUACUCCCGCUCAAAUAAAUUAUACUGUGAUAGAAAAGGAGUUGCUUGUUGUAGUGUGGGCGUUCGAUAAAUUUUGGGCCUAUUUGGUUGGCACCAAAGUCAUCGUCUACACAGACCAUGCAGCCAUCAAGUAUUUGUUCGAAAAGAAAUAUGCUAAACCAAGGCUAAUCCGUUGGGUUUUACUCUUGAAGGAAUUUGAUUUGGAGAUCCGAGACCAAAAAGGAUCAGAGAAUCAAGUAGCUGAUCAUUUAUCCAGGUUAGAAACUCGGAAUCAUGUAGCUGAGAGAGUCAUCAAGGAAACAUUCCCAGAUGAGCAAUUAUUGGCCAUUACUGCUGGGGAGGUGCCAUGGUAUGCAGAUUUUGUGAACUAUCUGGCAAGUGGAGAGAUGCCUCCUGAUCUUGAACCAUAUGCUAAAAAGAAGUUCUUGCGGGAUGUGAGGUCAUAUGUGUGGGAUGAGCCAUUUCUGUUCAAAUCUUGUACCGAUCAAUUAAUGAGAAGAUGUGUGCCCGAAUAUGAAAUAAAUGCUAUCUUACAUGACUAUCAUGCCUCGCCUUAUGGUGGUCAUUAUGCGGGAGACAAAAUGGCAACUAAGGUGUUGCAAUCGGGUUUUUAUUAG